AGUGUGACCAGCAAAAGUAAUUUUCCUUAUGUAUCGAUACUUGCAAGCCACAAAUCGAUUUUAUCAAGCUUAUGCGAGAGCAGUAAAUUUGGUCAGUUUGUACUCAUUUUAAUUGUAAAUAAACAUGGAAGAACUCUGCAGAGUUUGCCUGAGUAGCACUGAACCCCUUGAGGAGAUAUUUUCCAAGUGCCAGCUGCCAAGGGAGGAACCCAGCCUGGCGGAAAUGCUAACCGAAUUCAAGCGAAAAUGUGAAAGGAGCCACCAGCUGCUUUGGGAACGGUUGAACAAAGAUUCUUGUGUUAAAAUAGAAACUAACAUAUUUUUUGGGUGUGACACAGAAUUGAAUCGCCCGAAGAUGGAGGAACAACUGAGCCAAACAGAUAUGGUGCAAGAAGGCACAGAUGCUAGUCAAGCCAACUAUCCUAUGUUUAAGGAGCAAAUGCGCAACCUGACCGAAAAACCUCCCGUCCCUCACAGCUGCUUAGUUGCCCCAGGCGAGAAAGCUACGGACCACAUGCAGACCACGGAUAAAACUACGUACGAGUGCAUGCAAUGCUGGAAGACCUUUGACGAAAAAGGCACCCUUAAUAGGCAUAUGCGUACUCAUAGGAACGAGUGUCCCCACUGCCUGCAGGUCUUUAGCACUCGUUCAAAUCUUCGUAGGCAUAUCCGCAUUCAUACAGGCGAACGUCCUUACAAGUGUUCCUAUUGCCCGAUGGCCUUCACAGAUCAUUCAGAUGCUCAGAAGCAUAUCCGCAGUCAUACGGGCGAACGUCCGUUCAAGUGUCCGCACUGCCCGAUGGACUUUAUGCAGAAGCCCCAUCUCAAUAACCACAUCAAGCGUCACGCUUCCAAAGACUAUCAUAGCUGUCAGCACUGUUCGAUGAUUUUCAAAACGGUUCUCAAAAAUCACGUAUGCAAAGAGACUCUCAUUGGCUAAGAUAAAUCUGUGUAGAGCAUAGUACCACUAUCGCAUUGUAUGUAUAUAGACUUAACUGAUAUAUAUAUAUAUAGCUCAAUUUAUAUAUUAACUCUACUGACUGGGCGAUAGUUUGAUUCAAGUUGUAUAAAUCACGCCCACGGUCGGAAAACGGGUGGAAUAUUGUUAGGAAGUCACUUUUGGCACUUUUGAAGAUUCCAAUAAACAUAUUAUAUUAAAUUAAAUUGAUGUUUAUAAGUAAGAAAAAACGUGCAACAUAUUCUUAAUGCUAUACUACUCGUAUGUUAGUUAACUAAUCAAAUAUAGAGUUAAUAUUUAUAACUUAUUUAAGAAUUGAAUGAAAUAUAUCAUAGAAGAAUUAAAAGGCUCAUAAGAAAUUGGUAUAAAAAACCAUCUCCGCCCCAUAUUUGUGAAUAUUUCAGUA